AUGAUUCUCACAACAAAACUUAUCGACGAUUUCAUUUCCGACGAUGAAGAAGAAGGACUCGAAUACGAAACUGAAGAUGACAGGCCCCAUCCCUUCCAAGACGACAGACUACAUGAAAUUUACCAAGAAGAAUCUCGAAUUGAAUCCGAAGUCGUUUACCGAAUCUUCAACGGGAAAGCACAUACCUUGAAGCCUAAUUCUGGUGAAACUGUUAUGAUACGUGAAAGUAGUAUUGCUGUUGGAUUUCAUGUGGAUGAAGAAGGGGAGUAUAUUGUGUGGGAAUGGCACGGUCACAUUCCGAGGUAUACUGAAGAGCAUCAAUAUUCUCUUGAGUAUAUCUAUGGGAAUUACUUUCAGAGGAUUGUGUCUCAAGAGCGUCCUCCUGCACCGCCUCUAAUAGAUGCAGCGACUGAUAAGGGUUUGAAGGACUUGUCUGACGGUGAUGUUAAUCCCGCCUCUGAUAGGAUUCUUCAUCACAAUCUCAACAUUGGUUCUGCUGCUUCCAGUAAAUCUCCGGUUGCCAAACCCUGUUGA